AUGACUCCGCCGCGUCACCGUCAUCCUGAGCCCGCUGGGGCCACUACGCCGGCACCCGACCCCCGGUACGGCCGCUCUCCGACUCCUCCUCCACCGUGCGUCAUCUGCGACUCCGCACCCUCCGAUCACCUGCAGGCUGUCAUGCCCCUCGCGUUGUCCCUGAAUCCUGCCGACGUCAUUCCUUCCUCGCUGCUGGCUGUGAUCACCCACUACCGCAGUGUAUUGGCCGAUUACGACGAGUUGCGCCGUGCCAACACCCUUGACCCGCAGCCUCGCCUCGACGACGCGAACCUCCGUGCGGCUGAUGCCGUAGCCAGGAUGGAUCGCAUGAAGGACGAGCUGCGCCAGUUCGAGGUGCUGAAGAUUCAGCACCACCUGCUACGCGAGACUUUGGCUGAGGCGAUUACACACCUCCAAGAUUACGCUGCAAGACUGGAACGCCGGAUGGAGGGUCGCGUGGUUGAUGGAGAGUUGCAUGGAUCGGUGUCCCAGAUCGCUCCGGACCUGAGGGAUGUACGCCGCGAGAACUCGGAUCUCCAUUGCCAGCUCUCGGAUCAUCACAACCAAAUUCACGCCGUCCAAACAUCCAAGGCCGCCGCCGACGCUGAUCUCGUCCAGUGUCGCAUGCGGUGCGACGAGAUCCAGAUCCGUCUUAAGGACCUGCUGAAACACGCCCAGAAGGCUGAGAAGUCUAACCGCCAGCUUCGGGAGGACUUGCCCGUCAUGUCCCGUGGUGACCCAGUUGUUCGCUCACUCCGCCUCGAGCUCCACGUCCGGGGCGAACGGAUCCGCGAGCUGGACGGGCUAGUUGACCGCGUCACCGCGCAUCGGGAUCGGCUCCAAAAGGAUCUGCGCGACGCCGACCGCCACGCCAGACUUGCCACGGCUGCUGCGGAACGAGCCAACGAAGCUCUGAGUCGACAGCACGACGCAACGCACGACGCACAGCGCCGUGCCCGCGAUCUCGAAGGCCAGCCGGACCGGCUCCGCCAGCAUCGGGCUCAGCACGCACGUGAUCACCAAGCCCUCUCCGCCAACUUCCGUCGGUCGCAAGAGCGAUUAGCGCAAGCUAACGCACGCAUAGGCGAGCUCGGACAAUUGCGUAUCACCCGAUCCGACACCCGCUGUUACCGCCCCUCCAGCUCCAGCCUCCCCCACAUCUCGUGCCGGGACUGCCGCGAGUUUCUGGCGCAAAUCGAGGACUUUCAAGGCGCCUACGGCCACCUGCGUCGUGACUUCGACGACGUGAAGGUUGAUUUUCGCUCGCUGGAGACCGAGCAUGAUGUGUUGGAGACGUUCUACACCGCUCUGACUGAGGAUCAUACGUUCGCACUCGAGCGUAUCAGAGCGGAGUCCAACGAUUCGAGCUCGGAGGGCUCCGUCGACGAGGAACUAUGCGUGGCCCAAGCCCGCUCCCGAGCUUAUCUCCGUCGUCGCAAUUCCUGUGGCGAAGCGCCGCCGACAGUCUCCGGAUCCGCCUCCGCCCCUAUCGAAGUCGAUGAGGACAACGAGGAGCUGGACUACGUGGAGGAUGAAGCGAGCACCGAAGAUCUCAACAACUCUCCUCGCGAGACGUCGGUGGCCGCCCGCAGUUCAGUCGAAGUUCCGGAAGCUGCGUUGUUGAGCAUCGUCGACGGCUACCUGGAGUUCGAGAACGACUGCCUGCAAACGAUCUGGGAGUCGACCCACCCGUUCCCGAUCUCCAAGGAGUUGAAGCGGUCAGACUCCUGGUUCUCCUCCUUCUACACGAGCUGCAAGAAUCGUAGCUCGCACGCUCAUGAGAAGUACCGGAACUGGCAAGAGCAAGGUUUCGGAAAGGCGCGCCGGAGUGGCUGUUGCGACUUGGAUCUCUGGCUGAAUCGCAUGUUCGCCCGUUUCCCCCAGCCGAGCGAGGACACGACGUGGUUACCAGCUCGUGAAGCCAUCACCGAGGGGCGUCUAGUGCCGACGAGUUUGGUGGCGGCUUUGGUUGACUGCGAUCGAGUCGAUUCGUGGCGUAAACACUUCCGCACGGCCCUCGACACGCACCCGGCGUUUCGAAUCCUUCACCAUCGGUUGAAGUUCUCCCGCACCUGA